GCCGCGGGCGGGUUCCUGCCUGCUGGGGCCGCGGUGGGGUUGAUCCAGCUGGAGCUGCCUUGUCUCGCUCCACAGGCAUCCUGGUGCCACAGGCAACAACGAGAGGGCUGGUCCCAGCUGGAAGUGGCGGUGAGCAGGAGGGGCAGCCCAACCUUGGAGCUCUCCCUGGGCAUCCAGCAAUGCAAGGCAGCCCCCAGGCAGGGCCAGGGGCUGGAGUAUCCUUUCUAGGUGCUGCCAGCCACCCAGCCAACGUCCCUCCAGCUCCCACCACCRCUUGGCACAUGCAGCUUCCAUCCUCCAAGCCACUGGGGCACGCGGUGAGUCUUGCCAUGGGUGCUGCCUCUGCGGAGGAGGUGCCAGCAGCAGCAUGGACCACAGAGCCAUUGCUCCCCUGGGAUGAGCACAGCACAGGAACAUCAACCCCCAGCAUCAGCAGGAGCUCUGCUCCACAUGCCAAUCCCACACUCCUGUCCCAGGAAGUCAUACCACAGCUGRACAAGGCCACCUCACCUUUGGCCACAGCUGCCAGCAUCUCUCAGGACAGAGCCAGCCCCAUGAAGAUGGCAGCAGCUUCAGCCAGCCCUGCUSCUGGCCUCCCUGGGAUUCCARCUAACACAGCCACAGAAGGASCCAGCAUGGAAACCUCRCUGUCUGCAGACYCCCRGAGCCCAUCCUUGGCAAAGGUCACCUUUCCUUCUGCCACUGUUGGCACUGGCAAGGCUACAGAGCCAGGGACACGUACCUUAUCCAGCACAGGCCACAGUGCCUCCCAGGAUCCUCCUGUGCCUUCCACUCAGCUGCCUCCAACCCUUUUGCCCCUGCUUCCUGAUGAUGAGAUGCUUCCCCCCAGCCUCAGUGCAGGCCCCAGCACUGCUGGACACGAACUGCCUGGUGCCAAUGCUGUCACCCAGCCCCAGGCUACCACACAGGCUCUAGGCACACUGGAUAUGGUGACGGAUGUUACAGCUGGAGAGCACAUCCCACCUCUGGGAAGCACCAGUGCUGAGCUGGUGUCCAGCAGGAAUGAGGCCAGUACCAAAGCCACAGCAGGCACUGUGAUCCUGGAGACCAAGGCCACUCCAGAGGGGCUCAGCAUGAAUCUGUCCCCCCCUGCAGCACUCAAUGACCCUGAUGGUCCCUCUUCAAGGCCCUUUCUGUGCUCCAUGGACUCUCUGCUCCCUCAGUCUCCCUCAGCAGGCGUUGGGACCACCACAGCAGAUGCAGCUGCAGGCAGAUCUCCUGGAGCCAGUCCCAGCAUGGCCGUGCCCUUGUCCCUCACAGGCAGCAGUGGAGCAAAGCCAGACAGGGUCCCUCGAGCUGCUGCUGCUGCACCACCCUCUUCCAUCACUGCAUAUGGCAUUGGGACUCUGCCAGCUGCCCAUCCGCUCUCCCUGGUUAGCAGCACUCCAGUUAGUGAAGCAGGAAUGGGAUCAGCAUCACUGGCCACUGGCAGUGCCACCACAAUGCUGGAGGAUACCGAAGCCACCCUGCCAGUACCUGAUGUGAGCCACAGCCAGCCAGGUCCCACAGCAGGYUCAACCACCCCAGGAACUGAUGUCACAACCCCGGUGCUCUGGGCUGAGCCCCAACGUGUGGAAGCUCCAGGGACAGAGAUGUGGUCACCCAGGGCUGCGCCAGGCACCAGCACAGCUGUACCAGACACCUCUGGGGGACCCAGAGCAGUCACUGCCCCCAUGGCAUCACAAGAAGACGACCCUGCUYUCCUGGAAGGCAGAGACAAUGUUGGGAUGGCUCUGGAGGUGCCCCCAUCCAGCAUCCCCCAAGAUAUGACAGCAGUCGUGUCCUCGCUGUCCCUGACUGCACCACUGCAAGCAAUGGAGGCUUCAGGUGACCCCCAGCCUGAUGGCAGCACCAUGGGGCGAGCGAUGGGGAUGGGGCUCCUGGAGGUGAGCACACAGGAGAAUCCAGGUGCCAGCGCAGCAGGGCCAACUCCCAUCCACGUGAUUGUCACUGCCAGACCGUCACCAGAGCCACCUGCCACCGAGGACAGCCCCACAGCUGGGRUCACCUCACUGGCUGCUGGCCACACAAAUACAUGGGAGACUACAGCUGCAUCCUGGCCAGGUGCCACAGGUACCAYUGCCCRUGGGGACACCACCCUCCCUGAGAGSRGCACCGRGGGUACAGCGCCCUCAGCCAGCACCAGCAGCACCCGUGUCCCUGACUCCAACACCAGUGGCACCACCCUGGUCACCAUGCCAGCYACCACCACACCAUCCCCCAGCAACACUGUCCUGCCAACCACCUCAACAGGCUGGGAGGCCUUUGUGGUGACCAGGGCCACCACAGCCAUGCCAUCUGCCACAGGCACUACUUCUGCAUCCAUCAGCUACCAUGACAUGGGACAAGCAGGGAGCACAUCAACUCCUGCCUUCCAGACAUCUCCAGGGACACCUGCCUGGGGGGAGAAAACAGCCACCACUGCAGGGAGCACUGCAGCCACCACUGCAGGGAACACCAUGGCCAACACCAUGGCCACCACUGCAGGGAGCACUGCAAACACUGCUGCAGGGAGCACCACGGCCACCACUGCAGGGAACACCACGACCACCACUGCUGGGACCACCACGGCCAUCACUGCAGGGAACACCAUGGCCAAUCCCAUGGCCACCACUGCACGGAACACCAUGGCCAUUACUGCAGGGAGCACCAUGGCCAGCACUGUAGGGAGCACCACGGCCACCACUGCAGGGAACACCAUGGCUACUGCAUCCACAGCCCCAGUGAGCCCAGCCAAGCAGACAGAAAGUGUCUCAACCCCAGGCACCACAGUACCUGAGAUACGACCAGCGACCACCAACCCUACUACCACCCUGCUUCCUGCCUUUGGGACGCAGAGAGGACCAUCCACCAAACUGAGCACAUCUACCCACACCACCACUGGCCACAGAAAUCCUGCCCCUGAGCCCCAACCCACCCAUGAGCUUAUCAAGCCAGCAGCUUCACUCUACCCCUUUGGCGUGGAAGGAGGGGACCAAGAGUAUGUGCAGAGGAUGGUGGAUUUUAACUCACCCCUGUUCAAGCCAGAGAUUGGAUUUCCCUUUGGGAAGUCUCUGCGAGACGCUCUCUACUUUACAGAUAACGGACAGAUAAUUUUUCCACCCACGGACAACUACAUCCCGUCCAACCCCAACCCCCCUCCCCGGGGCUUCACUGGCCGGGAGAGCUUGCCAAUGGUGGCUGCCUUUUGGGAUGAUGCAGAUUUCUCCAAGGGUGUUGGCACCACCUGGUACCAGGAGUACUCCACACUCAGCUCYACCCAAGACUUUGUUGUCCAGGAUGUAGAAGCAAAGAUUGAGAAAUACCUGAAAAUCCCCUAUGUAGCUAAGUGGACCUUGAAGGUGACGUGGGAGAAGGCUCCAGCAUACCCAUCCCGAAGGGAUGACACCCAGACAAACACCUACCAGGCAGUCCUCACCACCGAUGGGAACCAUUCCUUUGCCCUGCUGCUCUACCAGGACGGUGGGAUGCGCUGGGACUACACCAAGCUGGCUGCAGCCAACGUGCUGAUCGGCUUCUCCAGUGGCAAUGGCUAUGCCCAGAACAACGAGCUGACUCAGAAGCCACCAGCUGCCAAGUACCGACCAGACCAGCACAGCAGCUCUGGCUAUGAUGUGCGCGGGCUGUGGAUUUACAGGCUGGACAGUCGCCCCCGGGUGAACUACAGGCUGCGGUGCCUGGCGUGGCUGGACACAGAGCCAGCCCCGGCCACCUGGAACAGCCAGCUGCCACCGUGCCCCUGCUCCCGGCCCCAGGCAGAGCUGGAUCCCCGCUACCACUGGAGCAGAGGCUCAGCAGACAGCUCCGUGAGGAUGCUGCGCACAGUGUCCCCCAGCCCGGCCGGAGCUGGGGUGCGCUGUCUGUACCAAGGCGGGAGCUUGCUCGAAGGCUGGCAGGAGAGAGCAUGGAGCCUCCCCUUCCAUGCUGCCACUGACAGGGAACUGGAGGCGUUUGACUGGUGCUGCCGGCGCGUGGGGAAGCCCCUGUUCUGUGCCAGGUUUGCUGAGAAGAGACCGAGGGUUGGCUGUGAGGGAUACGUGCCACCCACCCCCGCUGGCGCCUUCGGGGACCCCCACAUCACCACCCUGGAUGGCCUCACCUACACCUUCAAUGGGCUUGGGGACUUUGUCCUGCUGCUGGCCAGUAAUGCCCACACCAGCUUUGUUUUGCACGGGCGCACAGCACGGACUGGCACGGCCCAGGCCACCAACUUUGUGGCCUUUGCUGCCCAGUACAUCUCCAACACCACCACAACAGUUGAGUGGACCUUGGGGAGCCAGGAUGACAUCCAAGUGCUUCUGAACAAUGAAACCAUUCAGUUUUCCUAUUCUGAAGAGCUGGGUGACGAGGUCUACUACAGCCCUGGUGUCCUGCUAACCAACGCCUCCUCUGUCACCGCCGUCUUYGAUGGCACCAUCGCCGUCUCCGUCUCAGCCACCUCCAGGAUCCUCAGCGUGGUCUGCAGCCUGCCCGACUGGUACCGCAACAGCACCAGGGGCCUCCUGGGUGUGUGGGACCAUGACCCUGCAGAYGACUUCCAGAUGCCAAAUGGUACCAGCAUCCCUGUGAACAGCAGUGAGGAGGAGAUCUACAGCUAUGGGAUGACCUGGGCUGUUGGGAACCAGAGCCUGUUCGCUCAGCCUCUGGACUCUGCAGCACUGAACUUCACACCCAUCUUCUUGUCUCGGCUGCGGCAGGAGAAUGAAAGCCAGUACCAGCUGGCAGCCUCGCAGUGUCACGGCAGCAAGGAGUGCAUCUACGAUUUGCUGAGCACAGGGAGCUUGGCCCUGGGCCUGGCCACCCAGAGCCUCGCAGACGACUUCCAGCAGAGGAAGACAGCACUCAAUGCUUUCCCUCCUGUCAUCACUGGUGACACAUCGAUCACAGCCUUCAGGACAGAGAAAGUCAGAAAGCAGUACCAAGCUGUGGGGGUGGGUGCACGCUUCGUCCCCCAUCUCUCACCAGAGCUCAACAUUUCGGAGAAUGGCACCCUGAUAUGGGAACCCCAUGGGGUAGCCCCAUUCACCAUCAACCUGGAGGCCGUUGGGUCCAACAACAUCUCUGCACUCCUCCAGCUCCGCUUCACCCUUUGCAGAUGCAGCAGGAGCCAGGAGUGUGACUACAGCAACGCUGUCACUCUCAGGGAGUCUUCCCUGCAGCUGGCAGCCUGCAGGUGUGAGAGCGGCUACUCAGGGCCCCUGUGCCAGGACCCUCCUGACCCCUGCUCCCAGGGGUGCUUCCCUGGUGUGGGAUGUGACCCUUUCAGUGGCUGUGGCCCCUGCCCRGCUGGGCUGACAGGAGAUGGACAGCACUGCUCAGACAUCGAUGAGUGUGCRCAGGGGACAGAGUGCCUGGGGAACAGCACCUGCACCAACACCGUGGGCAGCUACACCUGCUCCUGCCUGCCCAGUGAGCACGGUGAGAGGCCAGGCUGUGGCUCAGCCUGCRGCUCCCACUCCUGCCCCGAGGGUUACUGCAGCAACGGGGGACGCUGCCACCUUCACCCCAUCACCUGCACCCCAACCUGCACCUGCCCCCCAGYUUUCACUGACCAGCGCUGCCUGGUGGCAGGGGGCGAUUUUUGGCCACUGGCCAGCACAGAUCUGCCUCGGAGAAGCAUCCAAAUGAGAAUCAAGACCCUGCAAAACGCCACUGCUGAAGAAGUCAACAGCACCGUCUCAGCCAUCCUGGACUCCCUGGAGGUAAAGGCUUUCCAGAGCAACACCAACAUCACCCAGACAACGGACAGCGAUGGUUUCAUCUUCGUGGUGGUGUCUGAGUUUGCCUACAACAGCCACGGCAUCGUCAUCCACUUCCUGAACGAGGAGCUGCCUCCUGCCAUCACCGGCGCCUUCAACRGGCGGCGGGGGCGACGGGAGGUGGGCACGGGGCUGCUGUUCCAGCGCCUGCAUCAAGACAACAUCACCGACCUGGUGAAGCUGACAGUGGAUGAGCUGAGGGACUAUUUCCCCUGCUCUCUGUAUGGCUACAAAGGCUACCAGCUCCACUACAUGGGGACCAUGGGCUUUGUCUGCAUCUCCCCUUGCAAGAUGGGCUACUGCCAGCAUGGUGGCCAGUGCCAGCACCUGCCCGAGGGGCCUAUGUGCAGCUGCCUGCCCUUCUCCAUCUACUCCCCGGCCGGUGCCCAGUGUGAGUGGCUGGCCAUCAGCCUGGCUGCCUUCCUUGGCAUCCUGCUGGGAGCCCUGGCUCUGCUCUGCCUCCUGUUUGCCAUGGCCUGCCUGGCCCUGCACCUCUGCCGACAGCACCGCCACCAGCACCAGGGGUGAGCCGUGGGCUGGACCAGCAUGGGGCGGGCGUGUGGCAGGAUGGGGGGCAGAAAGAAAAACUGUUUGAGAAUCCRCAUUUGAAAGAUCCAUCAUCUGGGUAGGGGGGAAUCUCUGACCGCUCAUCUGCCCUGGAGAAAGGGUCUGGUGAUCUUUUAACAUCUUCCAGCCCCUUUCCCAGACAUCUGCUGCUCAGGGGUGUGAUAGCAUCAGUGGGUUGAACAUUAGCUUUCCUUUUCCCCCAGUGUCAGGGAAAGUUUGCAUUUCUUCCUCAUCCCAACCAGUACUUGGUUACAGGCAGGCUUUUUAUUUAAUUUUAAUUUGAAUACCACCUCAAUGYUUUCCACUGCAAUUCACAUGGGUCUUGAAAGAGCUGGUCUGGAGUAAGAAAAAAGCAGUUUCAGGAUUGGACCUUGCUCUUCUGCAAGGAAGAACUUGCAGAGUAAGGAGUUAACAGAAGAAUGGCAAAGCGCAACGCUGAGGGGAAAGCACCAUCCUCUCCUUCCCCCCUCCCCAGCCCUUGGUCCUGGGCUGGCAUCUACACUCAGGGCAAGCUUAAUCCUGACACAUUGUUCAUUUUCUGUUCCUUUUCCGUUCCCCACUCUCAGGGCCAAGGAGACCUUSUGGAGGACACGGCCCUUCUCCUCUUUAACGAUGGCAGAAGARCAAGCAGAGCCCACCCUCUCCCACUCCCUGGAAAGGCAUUGGAAGCUGCAGCUCCAGGCCAUUGACCCCUCAGUGCAGAUAAGAAUACAGAGACCCCACAUUAUGCCUCCCUGCCAGCCCUCCCAGCAGCCCUAACMUGCCACUGGUCCUGUUCUGGCACCUCCAGGCUCACAGAGGAGCCAGAUGCUGCUGCCUGCUCUGCCACUUGCUCUCAAGGUCCCCAGCCACACAUGGAAGCAGGGGACAGGCACCUGCCUUUUGGAUCCUGGGAGCAUUCACUCUGGAUGAGGUGCGUUUUGGAGUUAAAAACGCAGGUUUGUGUUGUGUGACCAAAGCAGGAGGAUUCACCUUCCCCUGUGCACCUGCAGAGACAAUGGGAUCAUCCUUGAGUGUGUCUGCACCAGGAUAUGCACUAGGGGGACAUAACCAGACUCUGCAGAGCCCCUGAGAGCAGGCUCAGGUGGGGGCAAUGCACUGAUUGUAACCCUUCAGGAACUAAACAGAAUAAACCAGAAAUGAUGGCUUGCUGUUAAAUUGUCUGCACCCCGUGGGUUUUUGCACCAGCCCUACUUCGUCAUU